CGACAGGAGCCCUCAAGCUGAUCUGGUCGGGACCGGAGACAUUAUUAACCCCAGUGCAGUAGGGUCCCCAGGGGCAACCUGCCCCACAGCGCCCAAGAUGCCUAGCAGAACUGCCCGCUAUGCCCGCUACAGCCCACGGCAGCGGCGGCGGCGGAUGCUGGCUGAUCGCAGCGUGCGUUUCCCUAAUGAUGUCCUGUUCUUGGACCACAUCCGUCAGGGUGACCUGGAGCAGGUGGGGCGCUUCAUCCGGACUCGGAAAGUCUCCCUGGCCACCAUCCACCCCUCAGGCCUGGCUGCCUUGCAUGAAGCCGUCCUCUCUGGAAACCUGGAAUGCGUGAAGCUGCUGGUCAAAUACGGGGCGGACAUUCACCAGCGAGAUGAGGCGGGCUGGACACCCCUGCACAUUGCCUGCAGCGAUGGGUACCCCGACAUAGCCAGGUACCUUAUCUCCCUGGGAGCGGACAGGGACGCAACCAACGACGAUGGCGACCUGCCCUCCGACCUCAUCGACCCGGACUUCAAGGAGCUGGUGGAGCUCUUCAAAGGGACCACGAUGGACUGAGCCAGCUCUGCCCGCCCGCCCCCGCGCCCAGGGCCGCCUCCCUGAAGAAGCCGCGCGUCGCCCAGGGGCCAGCACGUGCCCCACCUGUAGGCCAGGGGCGGCCGGACCCGUCCCUCCACGACCCCGCCACCCCUCCUAGGCCUGGCUUUGUCUCCAGGUGAAUUUUUUACUGUGACACUUUUUACUUUUUCAAUAAACGUGACUCCCAGGUGAGGGGGCCUGGGUCUACACACGUGGUGCCUGUGGUGGUGUCCUGAUUACUGGGCU